GUAUAUUUAUUUUACAUGCUUGCAUUUUGCCUCUUGCAGCUGUUGACGUGGAUACCAGGAGGGAAUGUGGGGCAAGUUCGUAAUUACUAUGUCGACUGGCGAAUGCUGCGAGAUGUGAAAAGGAGGAAAAUGGCCUUUGAGUACGCAGAUGAAAGACGGCGACUUAAUGCGAUACGGAAAAACACUAUCUUGCCGAAGGAACUGCAGGAGAUUGCUGACCAGGAGAUCGCUAGCCUACCAAGAGACAGUUGCCCAGUUCGGAUCCGCAAUCGCUGUGUCCUCACCUCUCGGCCGCGGGGCGUCAAGCGUAGAUGGCGCCUCAGCCGGAUCGUGUUCCGCCAUCUCGCUGACCACAACCAGAUGUCUGGUAUCCAGCGUGCCAUGUGGUAGCACCGCUGCUUUCUUUUUUUUGACACUUUCAGCAUGAGUGAUCCCAGUUGUGGGAACAGGGUAAACAGCCUUGGACAACAAAUAUCACAUCGCAGAGGUUCUCUUCUUGAAAUGGGUGUUCUGUUUGUGGAUGGGUUAUACAUUACUACCAUGUUACUGUAGCAGCUACAUGUCAGAAGUCCUUCAUUGGCAGUGGAAUGCUUUGAGCCAUUCUGAAGUGGUGAAAGGGACUGAAUAAAUACAAGUCAGUCCUGUUGGGAUGAGGGAGGAACUUGCCCCUCUGCUAUUCUGCCUACUCCCCCUUCUCAUUGACACUGUCACCAGGGUGAGACUCCAUGAUCCUACCAACUUUACCCAAGUGGUUACUCUGUGAUAGCUUGGCCAGUGAGCUGUGCAAAGCUUCAUAGAGUGCUAUUGCAUUUAUGACCCCACCCUGACACUUCACUUGAGCUGUAAGUGACCACUUGUAAUUAAGUUUAAAUUGAGAAGUGUAAGAAGUAUCCUGCCACCUAGGAUUUCUGACAUUUUCUCAUUUAUCCACAGUAUUUUGCCUUUCUACUUGUAAUUGAAUGUUUGCUGUGUGUUUCUUUCAAGUUUUACUAUUCCCUAUUUCCAUAUAAAGCAUCAGCCGGGGUCUGCUUGCAAGAAUUGUACAUUUAUCCAAACUUGUGAUGAGGGGCUGUAACAAAUUCAAAUGACUGAAGGAUUAUUUGCAGUCUGCUGUAUAACAUACAACAUCAAAAUCUUCAAAACAGUGACUUGAGGGGGGCAUCAUUUUAAGCUAUUUGAUGGGUUUGGAAGAGGCAAGCAGUAUGUUUUUUUAAACUAUAACAUUAUAUGCACUUGGUACAAUAGAGCAAACUUUGUUUUAACCAGCACCUUAUCAAUCAGCAGUCUUAAUGAACCGGCCAAAAUGAUGUACCUCAUACCACAAUGUCUGACUGUUUAUGCUGUAAUUAAAGUAUAACAGUGAUGUGUA